AUGGAUAUGAUGCACACCGACCUCCUGCUGGACAUACUCCGCCGGCUGCCCCCGCGCAGCCUCGCCGUCUCCCGCUGCGCCUGCAAGGCCUGGCGCGCCGCCAUCGACCACCACCGCCUCCUGCGUGCCGACCUUCUCCCCCUAUCCGUUGACGCCGCCGUCUACGACGAACUCAACAUCUAUCCACCGAGGCUCUUUGGGCGCCGCUCCGCCGCGCGCCACAUCCCCGGCGAGCUUGAAUACCUCGCGGAAAGCCGGUUAGACGUUCCCGGCGUACAGGAUCAUUGCAACGGCCUUUUCCUGGUCCGCAGCAAGAGCCGGCAACGCAGGGCCAAGGUGGUCAAUCCGGCCACGCGGCAAUGGGCGCCGCUGCCCCUACUGCCGUGCGCGUGCUCAUGGCCGGCCAUGUGCGGGCGCUGCCACAACAACCGCUACCUCGUCUAUGACCCCACCGUCUCACCGCACUACCAGGUGUUCUACAUCCCUCGUGUUCCACCACCUGACAUGACCGCCGAGUGGCCGCCUACGCCGUAUGUCAUGCAUGUCUUCUCGUCAACGACAGACCGUUGGAACGAGACGCCAUUUGUUCGAGAAGGUGAGGCUGCUGCCGUUGCUGGAACCGUCGACGAUGUAAACUCCUGUCGCCGCGACCGUGAUGAGCAUAUGUACUACGCCGCUUAUUGGCAAGGAUCACUCUACGUUCCUUCACCACACGUAAAAGAUGAUUUCCUCUUCAGAAUAAACUUGUCGAGUCAUAAGUACCAGGUAAUCAAGUUGCCAAAAGGAGGAGUAGGAUCACAUUUUCGUCUAGGCAAAUCGAAGAAAGGGGUCUAUUGUGUAGUGAAUACCAAUGUGCGAUGCACGUUUCGAGUUUGGUUUCUUCAUGAAUCGUCUGGUGUGGCAAACUGGGUUUUCAAGAAUGAAAUCAACCUUCAGCCAGCAUUUAGCAAACAAGAUUGGCACCCUGGACCAUGGAUCCCACAGUCGCCUGAGCAGAUACGGUUGUUGUUGAAGAGCGAUGUCAACCCUAAGCUCAUAAUAGAUGAAUACAACGAAACACUAGCGAGAGAUGGUUUUGAUUGGGACUCUGAUGACGAAGAUCUUGUUAGCAUUACAGAUUGGCCUAAAAAGUGUGACACUUCCAUUGAAGGUCCUGACUGUAUCGGUUUCCAUCCCUAUAAAGAAAUUGUCUUGUUUAAUGAAAGAGGGGUGUGCUCUUGUUCAACGGUAGCCUAUCAUUUAAGCAACUCAAGGGUAAGAUACCUGGGUGAGAUGAGGCCCCGCUGUCACUAUUCAACGGAAGAGAUUUCUUUUGCGUAUACACCAUGUUGGAUGAUGGACUUACCUGGAAGCAACUAA